UUUUUCGGCGGGGAAGCGGGUGAUUCCCUGCCGUCCCCGCUUUCCUGUUUGGCCGGUUCUGCGGUGUGCCCGAGAGGGACAAGGAAGGGGAGGACGGGGCCCGCCAGCCGCCGGGUUGGCUUUUCACCGUUAGAGGCUCCGCGGCGGCUGAGGGACCAGCAGGGAGAAUAAGCCGGUUGGCUGGGAGACUUAAGCUGAUAUUGCUUUGAUUGGUCUGGCUGUGAUGGGUCAAAACCUUAUUUUGAACAUGAACGACCAUGGCUUCGUGGUUUGUGCUUUUAACAGGACGGUUUCCAAAGUGGAUGAUUUUCUGGCCAAUGAGGCCAAGGGAACCAAAGUGAUUGGUGCUCACAGCCUGGAAGAGAUGGUCUCCAAGUUAAAGAAGCCACGUCGCAUUAUCUUGCUGGUGAAGGCUGGAAAUGCAGUGGAUGACUUCAUCAAUAAAUUGGUGCCAUUGUUGGAAACUGGAGACAUCAUAAUUGAUGGUGGGAAUUCCGAGUAUAGAGAUACCACGAGACGUUGUAAGGAACUACAGGAAAAGGGCAUCUUAUUUGUUGGAAGCGGUGUUAGUGGUGGAGAGGAGGGUGCCAGAUAUGGUCCUUCGCUCAUGCCAGGAGGAGCCAAAGAAGCCUGGCCCCACAUCAAGACCAUAUUUCAAAGCAUUGCUGCUAAAGUGGGAUCUGGGGAACCUUGUUGUGACUGGGUAGGAGAUGAGGGCGCUGGACACUUUGUGAAGAUGGUACACAAUGGGAUUGAAUAUGGAGACAUGCAGCUGAUCUGUGAGGCCUAUCACUUGAUGAAAGAUGUGGUGGGCAUGGAGCACGAUGAGAUGUCAAAGGUAUUUCAGGAAUGGAAUAAGACAGAGUUGGACUCUUUCCUGAUUGAAAUCACAGCCAAUAUUCUCAAAUUCAAAGACAGCGAUGGCAAAUACCUCCUCCCAAAGAUCAAGGACAGCGCAGGACAAAAAGGCACUGGAAAGUGGACAGCCAUUUCUGCCCUGGAAUAUGGAGUCCCUGUCACACUCAUAGGGGAAGCUGUGUUUGCACGGUGCCUGUCUUCCCUCAAGGAUGAGAGAGUACAGGCCAGUAAGCUGCUGGAUGGGCCUAAAAUGACUCAGUUCAGCGGGAACAAGAAGGCCUUUCUGGAGGACAUACGCAAGGCCCUGUAUGCUUCCAAGAUUAUCUCAUAUGCUCAAGGCUUCAUGCUGCUGAGACAAGCAGCCAAAGAAUUUGGCUGGACACUGAAUUACGGUGGCAUUGCACUGAUGUGGAGGGGAGGCUGCAUCAUCAGAAGUGUGUUCCUGGGAAAAAUCAAAGAUGCUUUUGAUCGAAACCCUGAGCUCCAGAAUUUGCUGUUGGAUAAUUUCUUUAAGACAGCUGUUGAAAACUGUCAGGCCCCCCCUGUAAUCAGUACUGGAGUGCAGAUUGGUAUCCCUAUGCCCUGCUUCACUACAGCACUUUCUUUUUAUGAUGGAUACAGGCAUGAAAUAUUACCAGCUAACCUGAUUCAGGCUCAGCGCGAUUACUUUGGUGCGCAUACAUACGAAUUAUUAUCGAAGCCAGGUGUAUUUAUCCAUACUAACUGGACAGGCCAUGGAGGAAAUGUGUCCUCUUCCGCCUACAAUGUCUAAUGGAAAUAUUUCCUCUUGAAACCAAGAUACUGUAGAUCUCAGAUAUUCCUCCUAGAAUACCACUUUUUACUGUACUGUGCUAGAACUUGUGUUUGGACACUUUUGUAAUAACUUGUGGGUAUAUUUCAUACAUAUAUAUAUAUCAAUAUAUAUAUUGUAUAAGAAAGCUAAAUAAACUUGCUUAUAAAUGCACUGAGGUGUUUUCUUCCCACUGCUGCUGGCCAAAACUGGCUAAAAUGUCUUUGUGCAGUAUUUGAUAAAUAGGUUUUAAAAUUGUAUUUUUUUAAAUUAUAUUAUAGUGCAUAAACUUGUAGGGACCAAGAUAGAGAUGACUGCAUUUCAAUUAAUUGCUAAACUGGAGAAUGGCAGACAGUAACACUACACAAGAGUCCAGGGAGGUAAAGGCCUUUUUUUGGUUGUCAUUGUUUAUUCGUUAACAGGCAGUAGCUUGGUUCUUAACGAUUAAUUCCUGGGUGUUCCCCUGCACCCAGUCUUUCACACUGUGAACUCUGUUUUCUGUGAAAGGGUGAAGGGUGGGAUGGAUCAUGGAGGAAUUUGAAUGCAGGUCCAGGGUGUCCAGGCUGAUAUUCCUGUCACCAAGCCAUUCUCCCUCCAACUGUUGUUCUCAGUUUUAAGCUCUGGCAUAAAUGGUUGGCUUAGCUGUGUGCUUGCACUCACCAGAUCUCCCUGCUUUUUUGCCUCCCGUGGGGCAAUUAAAAAUACCCACAGUAGCAUGCAAAGUUGGCCCUAUUUGAUAGCCUCUUCUGGUAAUCCCACUGCCCAGUCCUUCAGGACUUCUGAAAAUUCACCUGCGUGCCUGUACUUUUUUUUUUCCCCAGAACCUCUCAAGUGUUAAAUUUUGUGCUGUGUGCUGAUUUUUAUAUUAAUUUUUUGCUCAAUUUUAUUUCUGCUAAGACAGUUAGCUACUUAGUUAUUAGUUGAGUAUCUGUAUAGUUAGCAAAAGAUUACUUUCAGUUGAAAGCGACUUUUCUGCAAAUGAUGUAAAAUUUAGGAAUUCCCUAAAAUAAAUGUGUGACAAAUCGCAGGCAGUAAUGUGAGAACUGGAGGGUCAUGAACAUUUGAGUAGUUACUUUGUCCCAGCAUUUGUGGUUUAAAUUCUCCAGCAGGAGAACUGUAUUGGAAAUUACUGUGGUGGACAGUAGGAACAAUUUUGCCAGUUUAUUGUGUGCAUAGGUGGUGUGUUUGGGGGGAAAACAGGAUAUCUUAGUGUUUUGUAUGAGAAAAAUACCUACUCACUCUGGAACCACGUUGUGCUGAACGCUGACAGCUACUCAGAGUCAGCAGUGUGUGCCUCCCUGGGUUUAUCACGAGCAGUGCUUGUUCUGCUGUAAUCCCAUUUGAGCCAAACCGUCGAGGGAUGAGGGAAGGGGGGGGACAUCAGCUGAUGGCGCUUUACAUCUCUCACUAGCUGACGCUCGAUCUCCGCCGGA